CGGCUUGAGGUAGAGAUGUAAACGCCGACAAGCCGUGCCCUGGAAUUCGCCAAAUCACGUAGCGGUUACACCCCUCGAAAGGCCUCAACAGUCGACCAGGGACGUCAGUACCCCCGUACAAACAUGGCGGGUCGGAACUGCUACGUCGUUCUGUGUGUGUUUUUCGUGGUGAUGAUACCGAUUGGUGCAAUCAUAGCUCUAGCGAUGUGUGGGGUCCACAUCGCCGCUCCGGCACUACAGGGAAUCCGAAUGUUGCCGACGACGUGUACCGUCGUGUCCUCGGGCUUGGUCGGCGGGGACGUGGGUUGCCGGUGUGGAGGGACCCGGUCACACCCGUGUUUCUCCAAGUUCCCGUGUCUACAGAUCAACGUCACUUACCUAACGGACAGCGGGGUCAAUCUCACCAGUCUUCUGGUGGACACCCAGGCCAUCAUGGGAGACGAUCCACAGUGCGCCACUCGACCGUGCGCUCGGGACAGUACGUUGAUCAUAAACAGCUUGUCUGUCUCCUCGUACAGAAGAUCCUGGGGACAAGAAGGAAUGACGUACCCAUGUUACUAUGAAGAUGGGAACGAGAGGGAAGUUUCCCGCACAGUUGUCAAUGCCAGUAAAUGGCUAGUCUUUCACGCGCUGUUCUGGCCAAUGCUGAUCCUUGUGCUUUCCUACUCGCUAGGGUACAUGUUUUGUUGGAAAUGUCUUAGGCUUGAACAAUAGAUUUGCUCACUAGCGUUUUGAAUGUGUAGACGCUUUUGAUAUACUUUCAGCAUGUUAGAUCUCUGCGGAUUUUGGACAGGUGGUUUUUAACUUUUUCAAAGGAAUCAAACGCACAGACAUCUACAGCACUUUUAAGACGUCACUUGAUGCAGAUGAGGGGAGUAUACGAUAUGUGGUACAUGUAGAUGUCCUAUAGCUCCGUCUUUAUUCAGGGAUGGUUGU